AUGGAUACCAUUAAUAUCGGAGGUAACACUCAAGAUCGUUUUUACCGGUAUAAAAUGCCCAAGCUUAUUUCAAAGAUCGAAGGCAAAGGCAAUGGAAUUAAGACCGUUGUCCCAAAUAUGCCCGAUAUUGCACGUUCUUUGAGUCGUCCACCAACUUAUCCUACCAAAUUCUUUGGAUGUGAGCUUGGAGCUCAAGUUAAAUGUGACGAGAAAAAUGAUCGUUACAUUGUGAAUGGGGCACAUGACGCUCCCAGACUUCAAGAAUUGCUCGAUAUCUUUAUCAAAAAAUUUGUUUUAUGUGCUGGUUGUACCUGUGGUCAAAGAACCGAAGUUGAUAUGCGCCACAAACUUGUUACAUACAUUCUGAAAAAUCCACCUUCUCCGCCUAAGGGAAAAAAUGGCAAGAAGGACAGGAGAAAUAGCAAUAAGAAGUCGACUGAAGAUGGCGAGAAUCCACCAUCUCCUGUGACAGAAGAAGGAUCAGAUGAUGAUUUAACUAAACGUAUUCAAGCUGAAGCCAGCGAACUUCCUGCUUCCAAUUAUCAUGUAGAUGAUGAUGAUUGGGCUGUUGAUACUUCUGCUGAAGCUGUCGCAAAACGUAUGAAAGAUUUAGAAGAUAAUGUCCGUACUACAUUAGUCCUCGCUGAUCUUGAUGAAGAUAAUCCGUAUGAUGAAUUCAAUGAAUGGUUAGAAGAAAACCCUGGUUCUACCAACAAUGAAAUUUAUAAGAAAAUUAAAGAACUUGGUAUUUCUAAGGAUUCCGAUCAAAUUAUGAAACAUCUUGUAAUUGGUCUUUUCGCCGAAAAUUUUCAGAAAAAUCAGAAAAAUGCAGAUGCAAUCGCUAAACAAUUUGUAACUGAUCCUGAUGAUCAGAGGACUUUAUUGGGUGCUACUGAAGAGCUCAUUUUGAAAAACAAAGGAUUAUUAGAAAGUAAAGUCAUUUGUGGAAUUUUAAUGGGAUACUAUCAGAAUGAUUUACUCGAUGAAGAAGUUUUUACAGUUUGGAUUGAAGGCAAUAAUUCAUCAAACUAUCAACGCCUCUUUAAACGGGUUGGUACUGUUGAAUUUGUUGAUUCCGAAACUAAUCAGGAUAUUCGUAAUAAAGCAAAACCGUUUGCAAAAUGUAAAGAAACUGAUGAGAUAUGGAAAUAUUAUAAUAAAAAAAAGGAAACAUCUGAUGGUCAUUAUUCAGCUGAAUGUUAUCAUUGCAAAGAAUCUUGGUCAAGAGAAAAAUCAGCAAAACUUAAGGCGCAUCUUGCAAAGGAAUGUUUGAAAUGUCCAGAAAAGAUUAGAAAAUAUUGGAAAAAAAAAUUAAUUUUUGAACAUUUAUCAAAAACAAUACCUAUUAAUGAUCAUUUUAAUUAUUUUAAUUCUAAUGAAGAACGACCACCUGCAACUAAAGAACAAAUAGAUCAAUCUUUAAUUAGAGCUUUCAUUAUGACAGGAAUUCCUUUUAAAGACAAUUUUCUCGAAUAA